CGCGAAUUUUCAGGCGGGACGCGUCGACGCAGAUGGAAUGGCUGCCCAUUUUGGGCCAGACACGACGUGAGGACGCUGCCCGCGGCGCCGCGGACCAUCCCUAGCGAUGCUGCUGCUCGGCCUCACAGCUGUCCAUGCAGAGCUCUUCACCUCACCUAAAGUAGUGGCACAGUUCGGCAGGCAGAACCCGGCGCGCUACUUCGGCAUCGUCGACUACAAUUCCUCCUUACUAGUCUAUGCGAGGACGGGCCACUAUCCGCACGCGGAUCCGAAUCCACGCACGCUACUGUGGACAGGAUGCGACCACAACCUGAACUGCAUCUCUCGUUCAAAUACACAAUUGGCGCCCUGGCCUUCCUCAUUAGCGCACAACGCGGCCAUCUACGUGGCAAAUGACCAAUGGUAUGUGAUUGGCGGGCUCUGGGGUCCGGGAACGAGAAAAAGGGGGCUCGAGCGACGGGGACCUUUCUCCAGCAUAGACGAGUUGCUCGCGUCGGACGAGGGUCCGGUGUUGGUCCAAGGCGACCACGAGGGCUGCGUCGACCGACGCCCGCGGCAACGCGGUUCCUGCGAGUUCGACGGGAAAGUGUCCGUGGUCGACGGGAGGUUGUAUGCCCGGGCCAACUUGGUGAGGAGAAAUGCUUCCAACGGCAUGUUCGGCGGGCGGCACGUGCAAGUUCUGAAAUUUGAACCGGCUUUAUCGAAUUUUGAAUUGAUCAGUGUGCGCGACUACCGUGGAGUGGGAGCGCCGCCCGUGAGUGGGGACAACGUCUACUUCGCCGUGGUCUUGCGAAACCCCGUCGCGAAGGGCUACAUAUUGUUGGCGCCGGUCGUGCGCGAAGAGCCGACGCGGAAAGCGUUUAUUGGGAUGGCGUUUUCGUGUGACGGCGUGCACUUUUCUGAAUUCUUACGAGUGCUAGAAUCGACGCCGGCGUCCUACGGCCGCGGCACGGACCAUCCCGUGGACGGGGUGGUCGUGCGGGGCCCAAACGCCUACUUCUACGUCCACCGAGACGUGCCCGGCGUGCGGGCCGAGGAGAUCUAUAAGAGCCGGCUCGUGCGGUACACCGUGCCUCUCGCGGAGCUGAAGGCCGUGGCGGAACGCCGCCUGGACUGCGCGCCCGUCCCGAGCUGUGUGGAAAACAACCAGCACUAAGUCAUUGCUCGGCGAUGACGCGGCGGUGCUGCCCCCAUCGAGCGGUGCGGAACCGGCACCGCCACGCCAUCGAGCAGGCGUCGCGUCGAUGGCGUGGAGGACGACGCGAACGCGCCGUAAAAUUUUGAUUUCCACACAGGUCCCGCGGCCGCCGCUCGACUUCGACGCGUGCUGGCUCGCAUGCUUGUCGAGAGCUCGCGCCCGCGGCGACACGCGGCGCGGCGGCUUCCUGGACUCGUGCUUGGAACCGUGCUACCCGCCGCCCGGGGACGAGUGCCGGAGCCUGCGCCUCAGGUAUGGCAUCCGAGCGGGGACGUCGUGGGGCGCGGCCGCCGACUCGGCCGCGGUCCAGGCGCGGUGGGCGGCAUUGUCGUGUGACGAGCUCGUGGGCGACGGGGUGGCGAAUAAGUGGCGAGCGUAGUGUUAUUUUCUUCU